AUGAGUGCUGUCCGCAAAAAUACACUCGUCGUGGACUUCAGCGUCCUCCCAGAGCGUCCCAAGCUGGACAUGGUGCAGCGGUUUGCGGAAAAAAGUCUGGGACUAAAUCCCACUGACUUGAGAAGCAUCCAGCUGCACAACAUUCGCCAUUGCGUGCUCAUCCAGAUGGCGGAUCCAGCAGCCGCCGUCGAAGUAGCAGUGCAGCAUCACCUCAAGCACGCCUUCCGGAUCAGCCCGACGAAGAAGAUCGCGAUUCCGGUCUACGUCGACGAUGACAUCGUCGACGUUCGGAUCCACGAUCUCCCGCCGGACAUGUCCAACAUGCAGAUCGCCGAAGCAAUGCUCCAGUACGGCGAAGUUUUGACGAUCAGGGACGAGGUUUGGAGAGACAUUUUCGCCGGCGUACCCAAUGGUGUGCGGGUGCUAAAAAUGAAGAUCUCCAAGCCCGUUCCCUCGUACGUCACGAUUUGCGGCCUUAGCAGUUUGGCCACACACACGGGUCAGAUUUCCACGUGCCGACGAUGUGGAUUCCAGCGACACGUGUCGAAAAGCUGCUCCGAGGUGGCUAAAAAACAGCAACCGAAGCCGAAACCACAAAAAAAUCCAUCUCCAUCUGGCCCUGUUUUGCCUAUCGCCGAUCUAGCAGCAGUACAAUCCCAAGUCGUUGUUCCUCACACUCACGAGGACAAUGGUAAUGACGGAUUUAUUACUGUUGUAAAGAAAGGCAAAACAAAGAGGCAGUUGGAAGAGAAGCAAGCACCCGAAGAAAAAAGAUCGUGCUUGGACGACGACAACGACGGCAAAUCACCAACUCUCGACAACGACCAACGCAAUGAUAAUGGACAUCUGAUUGGACUACCAACAACAACCACGCCAAAAAGAAGAGUUUGGAAGCAAACUGUUUGA